AGGCGGACUGCGUUUCCCGUCGGCCCCCGCGGCGGUCACAUGACCGGGGCGGGCGGAAGAUGGCGGAGCCGCCCGGCGCCGCGGCCGAGGACUCGUGGGGGAAGGUGGACGCAGCCUACAGCGACAAUGGCCUGGACUCGGCGCUCUUUAUGGAAAACGCCAGGAAAGGAAGCAUAGUGUCACGAGCCAACAGCAUUGGCUCCACCAGCGCCUCUUCUGUCCCCAAUACAGAUGACGAGGACAGCGAUUAUCACCAGGAGCCCUAUAAGGAGUCGUACAAGGACCGGCGCAGGCGGGCGCACACCCAGGCGGAGCAGAAGAGGCGAGACGCCAUCAAGAAAGGCUACGAUGACUUGCAGGCCAUCGUUCCCACCUGUGAGCAGCAGGAUUUCUCCAUAGGCUCCCAGAAGCUGAGCAAGGCCAUUGUUCUCCAGAAAACCAUUGACUACAUCCAGUUCCUGCACAAGGAAAAGAAGAAGCAAGAGGAGGAAGUUUCUACCCUCAGGAAAGACGUGAUGGCCUUGAAGAUCAUGAAAGUGAACUACGAGCAGAUUGUGAAAGCUCAUCAGGACAACCCGAACGAGGGGAAGGACCAGGUCUCUGAUGAGGUGAAGUUCAACGUUUUCCAAGGCAUUAUGGAUUCCCUGUUCCAGUCCUUUAACGCCUCCAUCUCAGUAACGAGUUUUCAGGAGCUCUCGGCUUGCGUCUUCAGCUGGAUUGAGGAGCACUGCAAGCCUCAGACGCUGCGGGACAUUGUGAUCGGGGUCCUGCACCAACUGAAGAGUCAGCUCUACUGAGCCUUUCCGCUGCAGCGCCAGCGGCUCCGGGGCUGCCGCCGCCUCCAUGCCCGCAGGGACCGGGUGUCUCCUGCCCUGGGGCCUGCGUGACGGGCACUGGGAAGGGCUGGGCCGUCUCCCUGUUCUUAAAGCUUCUCUGAAUUAUUUAUUGUGUUGACUAUGAAACCAAAACAGGGCUGUGCAGCCACCUCUGGUACUGUCACAGUCAAUAUUACCAAAUAUUUAGCAAAGGCGGGGAAAACCAUGUGUAUUGAGGAGAGGUUUAAGGUGCCAGAGAGUCUUUAGCUCAGGCAGGCGUGGCGGGGUUUGCCUGCGCCACCGACUCUCUGCUGCGGAGCAGAUCUGCUCUGUAACCUCAGGCCUCUGAUCCAACCCCUUCUGAUCCCGAGGGGGACGGGGAAUGAAAGAAUGCAUGCUAAAAGCUGUUGGUUUGUUAAAACAGACUAGGAUUAGGCUCUUCCCCUGACUGCGGGCUUUCUCGCUCCUCCCUCUGAAGCAGCUCUUACGGGGCAGGUGGUUUAAGUCAUGUAGAUGCCUUGGGGAAGCCCGGCAGAGCUGGCUGAAGGACGAGCCCGUCUGUGCCGGGGAGAUGCUCACUCAGCACAGCCACGACCUCCCCGGGGGACUUGCUAAAACCUGACCUCUUCUGCUGUAGCUGUAGUUCCCCUGAAAGGGAAAGGGGAGCGAGCUUUCUGUGCAGGCUUUUCCCGAGUGAGAGCUGAAACGCGUCUGGCUUCAUCUGUCUUUGGGCUUUGAUGUGGCCGUACCGCGGAGGAAGGUCGUGCAGUAGCUGUAGCGCAGCGCUGCCACACGCUCUCUGUGCGCCUCCUUAGAACUUCUGUACACACACACCUCUACAUAACCAGCCUUGAUUUGAUCUUUACUUUUGUUUUUAUAAAUCACUGAAAUCAUCCUGAAGCAUUAUCAGUGUCAGCUUUGCAGACAGAUGCUCUCUGGGACACUUUUCAACCCAUCACACGCUGCUGCUGUCAGUAUGGUUCAUGGCUCUGGCCAACGCAAACACUUCGUGGCACGGUGUAGGCUGCUGCCCAAGCGACGGUUGUUCACCGCAGAGCGAUUGUACUGGGGCUCCUCCCGCGUGGUGACGCCGGCAGCAGGAUUUGUUCUGCCAUCACCUUCGUGUUACCACUCCAGGGGUAGCGGAUAUUUAUUUUACACUGUUUUUUCCACUGUCGAUGAGGUAGCACUCAGCUCCACGUUACAUGGUUUGAACACUGCAGCAUGAGAAUGUUUAACCUAUUGCUUCUACCCACACUGAGUAGCAGAAAAACCCAUUUGGGGGGGUUAUUUUUAUAGAAAAUUAUUCCUCAAGCCCCACAUUUGGGUGUCCUUUCCAAAGCAAUGGAAGCCCCAGAGUCAAACCCUGUGGUGAUGCACCUCACCGAUGAAGCGCACGCAGGGUCAGCUGUGUCUUGCCUGGAAGAUGUUGCUUUGUGCUGAAGAAACCCCUCUCGUGGGUGAGCGGGUUGGAGCUCUGCGGGUGACCGGGGGGCACAGACCGAACCCCCGGAGAUGCUCUGCCAGAAGCAGCCUCCUGCCCUGGGAGGAGGAUGUGGAGUUUUACAGACCUCACAUGUGAAAGCAACAUAUUUUUCUAUUGUGAAAAGUAAUUAAAUAAAUUUUGCUGAAUGUUUUAAUGA